AUGUAUGUGGUGUUUGUAGUGAUUAGCAGCAAAUUGGGUGUCAAAAAGCAAACCAUUAUCAGUGCCCUCGAGAGUGAAGAGUUGGACAUUGGCUUCCAUCAGACCAUCGGUGACCACUCUUUGGCGAUCGCACCACAAAUAGGUGCAAUUAAUUUGAUCACAAUUUUGGUGAUCAUAUCGUUUCUCGCUUCGCACGCACUCCUUAUCCAAUGGUAUCGAUUGGGUGAUUUGGACCCAAAGUUUCGGUACCUAUUGCUCUGGAAUUCGGUGAACAUAUGUGUGCUCUGUAUUGUAGCCAUCGUUUACUAUCACUACAACUAA